ACACCGCCUCCUUCCGUGUGUCGUUUGCAGUGUGAAGGUUCACAGGGCGUGCAAAGGUCGUGUUGUGUUUUUAGCGAGCUAUGGCUGCCUUGAGUUGGUUUACGCGCAGACAGCUGCCGCGGAUUGUAAAUCGGUUCGCCUGGGUUGUGAAGCACGUCAGACCUCAGUACCUCGGGGGACUGCCGGUGAGGAGAGUCCACGGGUCUUCGCGGAAAUGGGUGGCUGAGAAGGGGCCAUGGGGCAAGGCUCGGAUGCCAGAGUAUCAUCUGACAGAACUCGAUAAGGCGGAUGCCUUGAUGCUGAAAAAGUCCCACGAAACUGGGUUCCUGUCUUGGUUUCGGAACGGACUCCUGGCCACCGGGAUCGGGGUCAUCGCUUUCGUCCAGAGUGAUGUGGGACGAGAGGCAGGAUAUGCCUUCUUCAUCCUGGGUGGUGUGUGUGUAUCGUUCGGCGGGGCGUCCUACGUGGGCAGCCUGUUUUCGCUGAGGAGGAUGAUGCUUCUCUCCCUGCCAGCGGUGCUGCUGAACGUUGCCGUGGUGAGCAGCAUCGCCCUCUUCUGGCUGUGUGCGGUAUCUCUCUACAUCGGACGCCUGGAGGUGGAGAUUAUACAUGAGGAGGACGAGGACGAUGACGGAGCGGAGUGCCCAGACUGUCGGGACCGCGGCAACCACUCGCAUGGCAACAGGCACCACGGCAGCAACAAAGGCCAAGACAAGUAGAGAGUGUGAGUGGCAAAGGUGACGAGGUGUGUGUGUGAGUGAGACAGAGAGAGGACUGAGAGGAAGUGUGUAUGACAUUCAAAUUCAUAAUAUCAAUGUUAGAUUAUUUUAAUUUAGUUUUAUUUUGCACACACACUCUGUGAGAGUGCCUGGUUUGAGUAUAUUUACUCCUGGUAAUGUUUACUUUAUGAAUCAAAGUGCCCUGUACAAUUCCUAAGCCAUACUCUGAGCCAACUCAUGCUGUGUUCACCUAAAUAUGGUUUUGAUUGAUGUAAUUUUUUUAAUCAGUUUAUUCUAUAUUUAUACAAAGGACUACUUGGAUUCUCUGUAGUAAUCCAUGCUGGUGAUGUAGAAUAUAAAGGACUACUUGGAUUCUCUGUAGUAAUCCAUGCUGGUGAUGUAGAAUAUAAAGGACUACUUGGAUUCUCUGUAGUAAUCCAUGCUGGUGAUGUAGAAUAUAAAGGACUACUUGGAUUCUCUGUAGUAAUCCAUGCUGGUGAU